GCCGCGUCGGGCUCGAGCACCAUGAGCGGCCGCGUCGGGGACCUCAGCCCCAGGCAGGCGGAGGCGCUGGCGCAGUUUCGGGAGAACCUCAAGGAUGUGCUCCCAUCCCUCCCCUCCCAGGAUGACUAUUUUCUCUUGAAAUGGCUCCGAGCACGCUGCUUCGACCUGCCCAAGUCGGAGGCCAUGCUCCGCAAGCAUGUAGAGGUCCGGAAGUACAUGAAUGCUGAUAACAUCCUUGACUGGGAGCCCCCUGAGGUCAUCAGGAAAUACAUGUCUGGGGGCAUGUGCGGCUAUGACCGGGAGGGCUGCCCCAUCUGGUAUGACAUCAUCGGCCCUCUGGAUGCCAAGGGGCUGCUCUUCUCUGCCUCCAAGCAGGACUUGCUCAAGAACAAGUUCCGCGACUGUGAGGUGCUGCGGCAUGAGUGUGAGAAGCAAAGUCAGAAGCUGGGCAGGAAGAUUGAGAUGGUGCUGAUGGUUUAUGACUGUGAAGGCCUAGGCUUGAAGCACCUCUGGAAGCCAGCUGUGGACACAUAUGGAGAGCUUCUGUCCAUGUUUGAAGAGAAUUACCCCGAAUCCCUGAAGCGCCUAUUUAUUGUGAAAGCUCCCAAGAUCUUCCCAGUGGCCUACAACCUAAUCAAGCACUUCCUGAGUGAGGACACUCGCAAGAAGGUCGUGGUGCUGGGAUCUAACUGGAAGGAAGUCUUGCAGAAAUAUAUUGACCCUGAGCAGAUCCCUGUGGAGUAUGGGGGCACCCUCACGGACCUUGAUGGGAACCCCAAGUGCCCGAGCAAGAUUAACUACGGUGGGGAUGUGCCCCAGAAGUACUACGUGCGGGACCAGCUAACGCAGCAGUAUGAGCACACGGUGGUGGUAAACCGGGGCUCGUCCCACCAGGUCGAGUAUGAGAUACUCUUCCCCGGCUGUGUCCUCAGGUGGCAGUUCAGGUCAGAGGGGGCUGACGUGGGGUUUGGGGUGUACCUGAAGACGAGGAUCGGGGAGCGGCAGCGAGCCGGCGACAUGACUGAGGUCUACCCUAACCAGCGCUACAACUCGCACAUGGUGCCCGAAGAUGGCUCCCUCACCUGCUCAGCACCUGGGAUCUAUGUGCUGCGCUUUGACAACACCUACAGCUACAUCCAUGCCAAGAAGGUCAGCUACACUGUGGAGGUCCUGCUGCCGGACAAGACCUCGGAGGAGCAGAUCCAGAAACUGGGGGACAAGAUGAGCGAGGUGGCCCUCAAUAACAGCCCGUAAUGCCUGUG